UUCAGGGCAGCAACGUGUUUCUAUGGCUGAUGGGUCCUCGAUCUCUGUGGCUGGAAAAGGGAGUUUGUCCUUAUUAAAUAAAUAUCUUCUGCAUAAUGCUCUUUAUAUUCUCAAUAUUCCUUCCAACAGCCACAAUGUACUGAUCACAGGGACACACGCACUGCAAGGAAAUCGCACUCGUUCUUGGACUCCUCAGGUAGGAAUGGGAAGAGGGAUUCUCCCAACACCGGCAAGCGUGAAUGCUACCUCUGCCACAUCUAGAAGAAUUCCGACGUGCUUCUAUUGCAACAAGAAGGGGCAUGUAAAAUCAGAAUGUUGGCACAAUCCUCAGAACAAGAAUAGUCAAGUCAGGCGUGAAAACAAGACAGCAGCUUCAACCUCGUCUGGAUCAAAUCUGACUUCAAAGGUUUCAGCAGACGUGCAGCAACUUCUAAUGACAGCCUUAUCUAAACUUAACUUGAAGCAAAAUGAGCAAGGAGAGUGGUAUGUGGACUCUGGCGCAGCAGCCCACGUUACUGGUGACACAGGAUGCUCAAACCAGGAAGACAUUCGCUGAGGGCACUCGCAAAGGAGAUAUGUAUGUCCUUGAAGAAGCUCCAAAGCUGUCCAAACCUCACCCUCCAAAUUCAUGUUCUCCAAGUCAUAAUGAAGUCAAUGUCGCAGAGUAUAAUAAGCCAUCCAUUUGGCAUGGUCGGUUAGCUCAUUGUAGUCAGUCUUUUGUUCGAAGUCUUGUUGCAAACGGGCUCUUAGAUAAGUCCAGUCUAAGUUCAGUCAGUGAGUCCAGCAUGUGCUCGAGUUGUCAUAUUUGUAAGAGCCAUGCCCUUCCUUUUCAAUCAAUUAAUA